AUGUCGAAUCAACGGGAAAAGCCAUGGACUGAGGAGGAGAAGUAUGCCCUAAUUUUUGAAAUCAUGAAGAAGGCAGGAGUUCCAUCUCAAACCUUCGUGAAGAUGAUCAAGGACAUGAAUAUCCGGCCAGCUUGGGGUGAUAUUCCUCUUCCUUCAGGUCGUUCGCUCAAUUCCUGCCAAUCAGCAUUCCAAAAUAUGUUUCAGGAACUGCCUCCUCCGGUUCACCUAGGGACGGCACCACUCCCUCCACAGCGCCAUGGGUACGUGCCGCCGCUGCAGCAAAUGGCUCCCAUAGACCCAGGGAGUAAUGUACGAAAGCGGGCUAUAUUCUCAGCAGAGAAACGACCUCUUGCGCCUGCUCCACCGGCGCGUCCGCAAUACUUUCUCCAGGCAUAG